AUGACGAUGGAAGCGGCACCACAAAUGUUGACUGCUAAUAAUAAUCAUAUGGCUAAUGCGGCAGCAACGAGUACUGUAGUUCUACAUUCACAGGUUGGUAUAUUUUUUGGGGGAUUUGUUUUUUGGGCAAAAAUUUGGAGUCGGACUGUGGGAAAACAUUUCAAAAAUCACACAUUCUUGGAGUUUUUGUGAGAAAUUCUGAAUCUGACCCAAAACCGGAAAGUUCCCCUGAUCUAAAAAAAAUGCUUUCAAGAAUUACCUUAAAAAUUCACCAACAACGUCGUAUGCAAGGUUUUCUGAUCUUUCAGAACUUCUCCUAAUUUUCUAGAACCUCUGCUGAUCUUUCAAUUUCUAGAGGGACAUAUAUCUUUCACAACAAACUUCUGAAAAACCUGAUCUUCCUGAACUUUUCAAAAGCUUAUUUAAUGUUUUUGAAAUUCUGGAAAGUUUUCUGAAUUUCUCUGAACUUUAAAAAGGAAGAUCAACUAAAAAUAUUUUUUAAAUCAAUUUUUUCUUGAUAACAAAAUUUAAAAAUGCCACUUCUCCCUCCAAAAAAUAUAAUAUUCCAUUUUGCACCUCCACUUCUCACACCACCCGCCAAAAUUGUGUUCAUAUAUACAAUUCUCUUGAGUGUUUUUUUUUCGCCAUUCUCCACAAUUUUUCGCGCGCUUUUCCUCUUCGAAACGCAUGCCAAACAAAAAGUCCCCAGGGAAAUGUCAGUUUGGAUAGAUGGAUUUUUGAACAUACAUAUUCGUAUGUAUAUUUUUGUCUAUAUGAGCAAGCAACAAAACGGGUCACUAUGGCGGGGGAAAAAUGGAACAAAUAAUAUAUGAAUUAUUAACUAUUAUAAAUUGUGUUAUUUGAAAAGAGCGCAGGCAGGACAAAAGGUGUAAACAACCGAAUUAUGUAUGAAAAAGAACUAUUAGAACAGCACCAUAUUUUGAUAGAAAAAUUAAUUUUUUGGCGGGGGAGAGGUGGGUCAGAUCAGGGUGAUCACAUUGGAAUUAGUCCUAAAUCCCAAUUCCUCUAGCCCCAUUCAAAAUGUGUCUUGUUUUUCAGCCAACUUAUACUUCAACACAAAGAUAUUGCACUGCUCCAAAUGUCGAAAUCGGUGAAUCAAAAACGAAUUUGAUCAUAAAUUAUUUGCCACAAGGAAUGACACAGGAAGAAGUUCGAUCUUUAUUUACAUCAAUUGGAGAAAUCGAAUCAUGUAAAUUAGUUCGAGAUAAAAUCACAGGUAUGUUCAGAGUUUUUCUAUUUUUCUUACAAUUAAUUAAAACUCAUUAAAAAGAAAAUAAUAAUUCUAAGUUCCUCUAAUAAUUCUAUUGAUAAUUUUUUUUUUGCAAAACAUUCCAAUUUUUAUAUUUAUUUUGUUCUGAUUAGCAUGUGAUAGCGGCUUAUUAUUCCGGGCGAAAAAAUGUGGGGGAAAAAUAGAUGCACUUGCACUUGAUCAAUUUAUUUGAUUGUAUUUCGUGUGUCUGAAAAAUGUGUGUGUCCUGAAUUAAAUUUUCAAUGAAAAAUGGGGGAUUUUUUGCUUCUCUUUUGGCUCUGAUCGGAAAUGAAGGGUUUUAAAAUUACAAAAAAAAACCCUUCAUUUUUCAAACAGACCCAAAAAUUUUGAAUUAUAGAAUUUUUUCAUUUUAAGUUUCAAUUACAGUAGUCUUCCUUCCGCUUCAGCAUUUUUUCCCUGAUUAUUUAAUUUCUUUUAAUUUCAUUUCAAUUACUACACACACCUUCAACUAUAAUUUUUUCUCAAGGCUGUUUUGGUGUUUUUUUGCAGGCCAAUCCCUUGGUUACGGUUUUGUUAAUUAUGUGAAAGAAGAAGAUGCUCUUCGAGCCGUCAGCUCAUUCAAUGGACUUCGAUUGCAGAACAAAACUAUCAAGGUUAUUUUUUUUUUAUUUUUCGAUUUUUUAGUUCUAAUUUCUAUUCAUUUAUUUUCUCCUCCUGUUUUUACGUGUUUUCAAUUCCCGUUUAUUUUUUUCGUGUGAUAUGCAAAAAACUAAUGCACAAAAAAUUUUCAAGUUACCUUAAAAGUUUUACUGAUUUUUGAAGCAUUUUUGAAAGAAGGACGCUUUUUUUGGACUCACUCAAGAAUUGUGUUUUGGGCCAAAAUUAGUUAAUUUUUUUUUUUUUUUUAAUCUCUCAAGUGUUUCCAAAAAAAGUUCCCUUGGCAAAACCAAACUCAAAUAUUUUUCCCCAAAUUAUUUCCUCUUCCAAACCUCAAAAUAAUUCAGGUAUCCUAUGCUCGACCAUCAAAUGAUCAAAUAAAAGGUUCCAAUUUGUAUGUAUCCGGAAUUCCAAAAUCAAUGACACUUCAUGAACUGGAAGCAAUUUUUGUUCCGUUUGGACAAAUUAUUACAUCUAGGAUUUUAUCAGAUAAUGUUACAGGUAAGUACAAAUUUCUCAGAUCACAGAAGAUCUAAUGAUUACAUAUGUUUCAGGACUGUCGAAAGGUGUUGGAUUUGUUCGUUUCGAUAAAAAAGAAGAGGCUGAUAAUGCAAUUCGAACAUUGAAUGGAACAAUUCCAAUUGGAUGUCAAGAACAGAUUACUGUAAAAUUCGCGAAUAAUCCAGCAAGUAACACAGCGAAAAAUGUGCUGCAAGAACUGGAAGCAGUGCAACAAGCAGCAAGUCUUGUGCCACUUACAACAAUUCUUGGAGCUGCUGCAGCGACUCCAUUAAGAGCUGCUUCUGGUUUGGGACCAAUUCAUCAUUCAUCAAUUGCAUCUAAAUAUAGGUUAGUGAGAGAAAAAAAAGAUUCAGAUUUUUAUGGGGUUUAAGAAAUGUGUGAUGCCAUUUUUCUUUCAAAAUGUGAACAGAAAGGGCAAAAACGGAACCUUUUUCUUUACAAAAUCUAAGCUUGUAUUAGGUCAAAAUUUCGGCCGGUUUUAAAAAUUUUAUUCCAGAUAUUCCCCGAUGGGAGCUACAAUCAGCGCACAACCAACAGCUGCAUUGUCAGCUGAUUAUCUUACAACAUCAGCACUUCUUCAGAUGUCUCAAUUAAAUGCCUUAGCUGGUUUAACUGGUUUCCCAACAACAACACCUCAAAUGUCUGAUUUUUCCGAAUUAUUAUAUGCUCAACAAGCAGCAGCUGUUCAACAAACAAGUAGUCCUCCAGCAACAGCUGCGCAAGCACAAUUAGCUGCAUUAUCAGCAUCAGUUGCAGCAACUCUUCCAGCCGCUGAUACAGCUGGUUAUUGUUUAUUUGUUUAUAAUUUGGGAGCUGACACGGAAGAUCAAUUGUUGUGGCAAUUAUUCUCACCAUUUGGAGCGGUUGUGAAUGUGAAAUUGAUUCGAGAUUUUAGCACGCAGAAAUGUAAAGGUUAUGGAUUUGUAUCGAUGGGUGGAUAUACUGAAGCAUAUAAUGCAAUGAUUUCAUUAAAUGGAACACAAUUAGCUGGAAGAACUUUACAAAUUUGUUUUAAAGCAAAUACUCCAGCAACAUCAUUAAUUCGAUAA